AUGGAACCAAAGAAACCGUCACAAACUUCAUGCUCGUCACCCUUCCAGAACCUUCCAUUUUCUUCGUCAUCUUCUACUUCUCUUCUCCAAGAUAUAUCCAAUUUCAAAACUCCGAAGCAUUCACGGAAAACAAAUUUCAUUUCUUCUUCUCCUUCUCCGUACCGACAUCCAGAAUUCUUCACUGCCUUGAAAACCACACCAGUAUCCUCCGUCCGUCGCCGUGGAAGCAUAAAGCCAUCGGCUGUGAAGUCGAGUGCUGCUCGAAGAUUAAAGGCGUUCGAGCUCGAGCAGUCGAAAUCAGCACGGAAGGCGUUGAAUGACAAAGAGAGAUCGUUGAAAUCACUAGCGAAGUCGUUAACUGUGUGGCUCAAUUUCUUGUUUGAAAAUCCUAGCUCUUGUGGCUGUGACGUGACGAGGUUUACUGGAGGAUUUGAGAGGUCCAAUAGGACGUGUAUUGCGGAAAAUGGGAAGAGGGAGAGUGGGCCAGGGUACACUGUUGGAGUUGAUGUGUUAUGGAGAGGGCCGAAGAGACAGAGACAUUUGUUGUCGAAUUCUGAAGAUGAAGAGACAACAGUUAUUUCGGAUUCCAUGUUUUCUGGACUUAAAGAUUCGUUGAUGGAGAUUUGCAGUUUUGAUGAUUUAAAGGAGAGAAUGAGUGCUUACCUGAGCUUAGGAAGCUGUAAAGAGGUCUUUGUUACAAUGACUCAACUAACAAAGACCAUUGAUGAAGGACGGCUGAAAAUGAGAGCUCACUGUCCCAUGGUAACUGAUGCUGGAAUGAAGGAGAAAGCCUUGAGAAUCCUGAUGUGUUAUAACCCCACUUGGCUUCGGAUUGGAUUGCACAUACUCUUGGGGGGUGACACCUUAUUACCGAAUGGAGAUGUCAAUUCUGAGCAAGAAAUUGCUUUCUUGAAGAUGGUGCUUGAGAGACAAUUUUUCUCACAUGUUGGUCUAGCAAAGACCUAUGCUUAUAACAAGUUAGUGGAGGGUUUAUAUAGACCUGGUUACUAUGAAAAGUUAGGCAACAUAGUUCUGAAGAGAUUUUUGCUGCUUGUUCUCAUACUAGAUAGAGUCAAAACUCAGAGUAGUCUGCCACUUAAAUAUGGUAUUGAUGGACUAGAUGGAGGAUCUCCUUUACUUUUCUCUUUGCAAUCAGAUGUUAAAUCUAGCCGUCAACUGAUCAACAAAUUCUUGCCAUCGGAUGUGAUGCAUGGUGAAGGUAAUCUACUUGCGCAUCUUGUCAUCGUAGGCUAUAAAGUGACAUAUCAACAGAAUCCGUUGCUUGAGUAUCAAUUUGGUGUGGCUGAUUUAUUUGAGGACCUUCAAGAUGGCAUUCAACUUUGCAGAGUCAUUCAGCUCUUGCGACAUGAUCCUUCUAUCCUCUCGAAAAUGGUUGUCCCCUCAGAUACUCGCAAGAAGAGUUUGGCGAACUGUGGCACUGUUCUAAAAUAUCUCCAGGAGGCAGGUGUACCAUUUUUUGAUCAAGAUGGAACUAUAAUUAUGGCAGAAGACAUAGUUGAUGGAGACAAGGAGCUCACCAUUUCAUUGCUCUGGAACAUGUUCGUGCACUUGCAGUUGCCACUUCUAAUCAACAAAUCACUUUUGUCUGAGGAGAUUUUUAAAAUCCGAGGAGUUGUUAAGCAAAACUCAAAUGGCUGCACUCACUUGGACAUGCUCCUGAGUUGGAUCCAGGCAAUUUGUGGAAGUUAUGAUCUCGAGGUCGAAAAUUUUUCAUCAUUGGUUGAUGGAAAAGCUAUGUGGUGCUUGCUUGAUUAUUAUUUCCGCAAGGACCACCGCUGUUCCUGCUCUUGUCAGGCACUCUGUGAAACAAAAGAAGAAGUUUCCAUAGUAUCUGCAGUUGAUUACACAGAUGCAGUGCACAAUUUUAUUCUAUCUCAAAAGCUGCCAUUGCUAUUGGGGAAGUUUCCAGAGGUAAUACAAGUCAGUGAUAUACUGGAAACAAACGGUGCAUGCAAUGGUCAGAGUGUCAUUAUUCUCUUGGUGUUUCUCUCGUAUCAACUACUAGUAAAACGAAACAAGGAUCAAUUAAACUUCCACAAGUUAUUGGGAUUUAAUUGUCAAAGUCCCGAAAGGAGACGGUUAAGCACAGAUCAGUGGUUUAUGCAUCCCAAAGCAGCUGUAGAUAAAGAACAAACACAUUGGAAGGAUGGUGAAGAUGCUGCCAGAAAUUUUAAGGCUGUAAUGGCUUGGUGGCAAGAGAUGGCUCAACAAAAUAACAAAUGCUUUUCUAAGGAAACUUCUAGCGGUCCAAAGCGGUCUUUCAUUUUAAGAGGGAGAAAUGAUACUCAUAAAGGAAAUGCUGCAAAAGUAAUACAGUCACUUUUCAGACAGUCAGUGCAGCAACGUAAAUAUUUGAGGAUUAAGAAUGCGGUUUAUAUCUUGCAAGCUGCAAUACAAGCAUGGCUGUGGGUAAAGAAGGAACCAUCAAUUCAAUUCUUUGGUUCUCCGGCGUAUCUAGCAUCACUAUGUGGUACAAGGAGCCGUUCAGCAAAUUUUGAAAAACACGCAGCCUUUGUGAUUGAUAGACAUGCUUUUCUUAAGUUGAAAAGAUCUGUAAUAAUCAUCCAGCGUGCCUCAAGAGACUGGAUUUCUCGAAAACAUGUAACGGGAAACUCGUUGCCACAAGAUUUGUCCACUCCAAGAUUCAUUGAUGCUGCCAUUGUCAUACAAAAGUGUAUUCGUGGGUGGAUAGCGAGGUCUUGUCUUGUAAACACAGAACAAUUUCACGAAGUUCCUAAGGAAUGUGAAGAUAAUAUUUGUCAAAUAAAUGCUGCGGUAGCAACCCAAUGUGCUUCAAAGGAAUAUAAAUUAAGCAGUUCUCUACACAGUCAUCACUUUGCAGCAACUAAAAUUCAAAGUUACUAUCGUGGAUGGUUGAUGAGAAAGAAUUUUGUGGAUCAGAAGCAAGCAGCAGUAAAAAUACAGAGUAUUUUCCGAUCUGCAAGAUGUUUGAGGGAUUUUCAUUCCUACAAACAGGAAACUCUGUCAGUGAUUACAAUCCAGGCUUAUAUCCGCAAAUGUAUUGCUAAAAGAGAUGUUUAUAGGCAUAAAUCUCAAAUUAUUUUGAUUCAGAGCCAUUGUCGUGGCUGGUUAACAAGGAGAAAACUGGUCAUUGAAAAAGAGGCUGUUAUAAGGAUUCAAGCUGCAGUUCGAAGCCUGAAAUACCAGAAAGCAUUCCUUCACCAAAAGCACGCCAUUUUGGAAAUACAACGGUUUGCAAGAGGAGCCAUUACUAGAAAGAGGCUCCUAGGGGCCUCUUGCUACCGUAACGUCUCAAAAUUGGGUUACCAGGCUCUUGAACUUAAAAUACUACUGCAAGCAGUAGUAAAAUUGCAAAGGUGGUGGAGAUGUAAAUUGCUUCAUGCACAGAGAACAAAAGCCGCAGUUUUCAUCCAAUCGCAUGCCUUAGGAUGGAUUACCCGGCAACGUGCUUCAAGAAACAAGGAACGAUUACUUCAAGCAGUAUUAAAGUUGCAAAGGUGGUGGAGAAGUAAAUUGCUUCAUGAACAGAGAACAAAAGCAGCAGUUGUCAUCCAAUCACAUAUCCUAGGAUGGAAAGCCCGACAAAGUGCUUCAAGAAAGAAGUACCUGACACUGUUAGCAGUAUUAAAGUUGCAAAGGUGGUGGAGAGGUAAAUUACUUCAUAAACAGAGAACAAAAUCAGCAGUUGUCAUCCAAUCGUAUGUCCGAGGAUGGAUAGCCUGCCAAAGUGUUUCAAGAAACAAGCACCGAAUUGUUGUGAUCCAAGCAUACAUGAAAGGAUACCUUGCAAGAAAAGAUUUAAGAGGGCAGCUUCUUGAUUUGCGUCUGAAAAUACAAAAAUCUGCUGCAAAUGUUGAUGAUGGCAUGCGCAUAAUAAACAGACUUGUCGCAGCAUUGUCAGAACUUCUGAAUAUGAGAAGUGUCAGUGACAUUCUUCAUAUCUGUGCAACUCUGAAUAUGGCAACACAACAUUCACAAAAGUGUUGUGAAGAACUUGUUGCUGCGGGUGCUGUUGGUACAUUGUUUAAGCUGAUCCGCUCUCUCAGCCGGAGCAUACCUGAUCAAGAAGUUCUUAAACCUGCUCUCUCCACUCUCAGAAACCUUUCCCGAUAUCCACAUUUGAUUGAUGUACUAAUUGAAAGCUAUGGAUCACUGGAAACAAUAGUGUCGGAGUUUUUAAGAAACAAAGAAGAGGGAUAUUUCAUUGCUUCCGAUCUUCUGAAGAAGAUAUUCACAGAGAAAAAAGGUGUUGAAGCUGUGUGCAAGUCGCCUGCUCUUUUGAAGAGACUGCACAAUCAUGUGGAAGAGCUUUCAAGAAGAGCAAAAGCUGACAAGAGGACUAAACCUCACGCAAUGAAAGAGCCUGUGGACAAAAGAUUGAGAGAAGCUGUUGAGAUAUUGGAAUUGAUUAAAGUGUCCAUGGGAAAUCCAACUAGACGACUCUCUAUGAAGGUGUAAGAAUUUUCUUUCUAGUU